AUGGGCCCCUGUACCGCCUCCUCAUGCUGCUGCCAGGCCCGUAAUCUGCCAUGGGCCCCCGUACCGACUCCUCAUGCUGCUGCCAGGCCCGUAAUCUGUCAUGGGCCCCUGUACCGCCUCCCCAUGCUGCUGCCAGGUCCAGAGUGUGUCAUGGGUCCCUGUACGGCCUCCCAUUGCUGCUGUCUCCAUCGCCACACUCUGCCAUGUGCCACUUUCAGGUCUCCUCACACUGCUGGUGGUUUCCAUUUUUGUCAUAGGGUGCUGUAUGGCCUCCCAUUGCUGCUGCCUCCACCGCCACACUGUGGCUCCACACUCUGGUUUUGGCCCCGUGACUGCCCAAAUGAGUGAAGUGUGCGGUGAUUCUAAGAUCGACGGCACUCAUCUGCAUGUCAUACUGACUGACAGUAUUAUUUCUCUUCCCCAGCAGACUCCAAGGGCAUUUAAAUUAAAGGUACAGUGUUCUGCACUAAUAUAA